AUGCGUGUCCUUUUGUUCCGGAGAAGAGAGACAGAGGGAGGAAGCGCGUGCGUGUCAAGGCAGUCGUGCAUUCCUGCUGAGUUGCCUUGGCUCGCUGAUUCCGACAUGGCGACUGACUUUUUUCCAGCUACCGUGUCACUCACGGCCUCCUGCUCUGCUCUCCGCUUCCUUCACCUCACCUUGUCACCAUCCACCUUCACCUCAGCAGGCUCCUGUAGAGAAGACGACGACGGCGACGGCGUCCCUACAUCCACUGUCUCGUUCAUCUCUUCUCGUCUUCGUCGUCCUUCUCUCCACCCUGACUCCGCACCGCAUCCCGUUCGCAUAACGUCUCCUACUCCAACAGCAUCACGCGUCUCUUCAAUCUGGAUAGACGCACAUCCCACUCAACGCAGCGCAUCUCAUCUCGUCUUAUCCCGUGACGACCGACAUCCCAACGGCCAAGCGCGACCGCUUCAUAAACCCUCGAUCAUCGAUCGCGCGAACGCUCCCACCGCCUUCACAAAGCAGCCACACCUCUGUGAGGUUCCGACUGCUCUUUUCUUUUGCUGGUCAAACACAGGCAUCGAUCGUCACGAGCCCACCUUCUCCUCUGCAGCUGCUGGCAGCUUCGACACGUUUCUCCCCUUUCCCCUCUACAGUUUUCCACCUUCCAUGCCCAACUCCAUCACCCGACGACGAAGCACACGCAACCCCAGCAUCGACUUUGUCAUCGCAUCACCGUCUUCGUUGACCUUUCACUCGACAGCAAUGACCGCAGACACACCUCGCGACCGCGGGGAUCAGAUCCUCUCUGCCAAGAAGAAGCUCAAGAGUUACCGCGCAAAGCAGGCUCUCAUGGCUCAGAAGCGCUCCUCGGCUUCCCUUUCGCACUCGAGGUCAGCGUCUGGCGUCCGCAUCAGCGACACGCCUCCGGCUACAGCCGUCGCAGAGGCACUCUCCAACGAGAUUGUCUCUCAAGCUUCCACCUCGGCAGCUUCCAUCGGCAACACGGUCUCACCACACACCCGCACACCGUCUCGAUCCGGCCACGCGCGAGGACACUCGCGUGCUGGUUCCAUCUCCAUCACGCCCAACGCCCUCUUCUCGCAGGCUCAAGCGAUCGCUUCCGUCCCUGCUCCUCUCACGGCAUCGGCGCUGGGUCGACCUGCUUCCAUCGUGGCCCCUAGCGCUGCUGCUCACACCCGCACUCAUUCGCGUUCGCAUUCCCGAAGCUAUUCCCGCUCUCGCCCAGUCAGCAUCUCGUUGCUCGGCGCAAAGAAGGAGGAGCCCGUUGUUGUAGCCAUCGAGCAUCCCGCCGAGUCAGAGACGCCCAUCGACAUGGAUGGACAGCGUCGAUCGCAACAGUUCCUCGACUCUUCGUCGCUAUUUGGAGGGCCAGUCACGCCCGUGGGUCUGCGACCUAGCUCCACUGCAUCUUCCAAGCGCUUGAGCAAUGUCUCUCCUUCAUCUGCGCUCUUCCCUCAAAGCAAUACUUCCGCAUUGUCGCCUUCGCCUUCAACUCCAGCUGCGCGUCAUUCCAGGCGUCUCAGCCGUCACGCCCGCACGCCAAGUGUAUCGACAAAGCGCGAGAGUAUGGAGAUCAUGGGCGGUCUCGGCGCUGGUCUUGGUCUCGAUAUGACCAACACGGCCUCGGAUCUGCACUCCGCCGGUGCGGCGAGGCGUCGCAGCUCGCGCAUGUCAAACCUUCCAUCGGCUAGUGUGCUUUUUGGAUCGUCCGAUCCUGCCUCGCUCACCACAAACAGAGGCAGCAGCAGCAGCAACAUCAACAACAAUCUGAACAGGAGCAGCAGCCGCAUGAGCGGCCAGCAGUGGGACUGGAGGAAAGCCAUCGCAGAUGCUGCCGAUCAAGCCGAGGAGAGCAGCCAAGAUCGUCUCACUGCUCUCGAGAAGCUCGAGGGUCGUGCAUCCGCCGCUCACAUCGCUAAAGCAGAUCGUCCAUCUUCUGCCAUUGUCGCCGCAUCGCGCGCUUCCCGUCGUCUUUCUGGCCACACCAGGACCGAGAGCAUUCAAAUCCCCAACUUGGACGAGAUCCACCAGAACGAGCUCAACGAGCGGAGAGCGAGCUGGACCCUGCAGGCAUCCGACGGCAACACCAACACUCUUGCCUCUGCCUCCACUCCCAUGUCCGCUCCCGCCACUUCGACUCGUCGCGAAUCCUGGGGCCGUGGCCUCGUGGCACCCUCGCCGUCGUCGCUGCUCUCUGCCGGCUUCUCGUCCCCUGCACUGCCCAGCACGUACUUGUCCAGCCCGGGUCGACCAGAGUCCAUGAUUGUGUGUGCCGAGUCACCACAUCCAGAAGGUCUUGGAACCCUCAUGGAGGAGGAAGAGGAGGAGGAUGUUACGUCACCCACACGCGAGCGCCCGAGCCUCGACAUGGCGCCGCUGCUCGGGAAUGCGAACGCCGACGACGAGCUUCGCAAACAGCGACGCGAAGCUCAGGACGAGACGGCAAAGCGCAAUCGUCGCGCCAGUUUGGCACCCAAGCCUCUCAAGCUCAAAUCCCGUCCGCCCAGUCUUUACCUGACGCCUUUGCAGAGAAAUGGUCUCGUCAGCAGCCCGUCCAUGCCCAACUUCCCGACCUCUCCCCAAUUCGCUCCUUCCAUUGCCGACGAGACGACGCCAAGAGCAUCUGCUGCCGCGCUUCCGGAAGCCGCGGAGGAUGACGAAAGCCAGAUACUCGAGAUGUCGAAGGACUCGGACGUCUCUACCACCCUUCCUAGUCGAAGCACCACCUGUCCCGACUUGUCUUCUCUUGCUAUCGUUUCGGAAGACCAAGUCGCAGCGCCGGUGUCCGAUGAUUCGCCUGGGUCAACAGAACAGAGCCGAACCAGCAACGACGCAGAUAGCCCGGUCGAGGCUGACCUUUCCGCCGAGCAGAUGGCCACGCAGGAGCAGCGACAGCUCGAGGAGCUGCAACAGCAGAUCCUACGUGCUCAUCGCCACUCUAUGAUUGCUUCAGCUUCGGCCACUCCUUCGUCAAACGAGGCGACUUCCGCUUCCUCUGGAAGCACCGCAUCGGCACGUCAAGGAAUGCGAGCGCUGCGUCUCGGCAGCCAGGCAAACCUCUCUUCGAUCAUGGAAGCUUCGUCCGCAACCAGCCCCGCCUCUGCAGGUGUCGCGUCUGGAGCCGUCGCUGCCACCGCCACAACCGCAGCACAGCGUCGUCGUAGUCUCAUCAUGGGCCCCGCUUCUGCCGCGCCAGUUUCCAACUCGUCUUCCCGUGACAACGACUUUGUCCCUUCGUUUGGCAGCUCCGCCGCCUCCAGCCGCGCCGCAAGACGAUCCUCGAUCAUCUACAAACCCUCGACCGCUUCCGUUCCUGAAGCGCAGUCGCCGCACUCGGCAUCCGACUCGAUCGUCGGCCUCGGUGGUGUGCCGCUUGCAGUUCACGACGAGCUCAAGGCCAAGGCGAACCGCGAUGCCGCACUUCUGGAGUCUACCAAGAAACAGGUUGAGAUGCUCGAGCGUGAGCUGGCCCACGAGACUGCGCGAAGCGCCAGAGAAAAGGCGGAGCUGGAACAGUGGAACAUGGACAAGGAAGAGCACCUCUUUGACCGUGCACAACGCGCAGAGACAGCAGCACGUCAAGCCGAAGAUGCCGUCGCUGCGAUGCGCGUCGAGCUAGACCAGGCCAAGGAGCAUUCGGAGGAUCUGCAAGCCGAGCGCGAGGUACUCCAAGACGAUAUCGAGGGUUGGCGUUCGCGCUGCCAAGACCUCGAAAAGACGCUGCGCACCGAAAGGGCUAGGUCGGACGAGAACCGCAAGCUUCGCGCUGCUGCUCGACUGCGCAUCAAGCAGCUCACCGAUUUUAUCGAGCAGAGCAGCGGCAGUGUGCCCACUGACGAGCUCGGCGUCCUCGCAGCCUUGGAGAUGCCCCAGCUUGACCUCGCGGCUGCGCUCAAGAGCCCAGGUCUGGGAGCUCUGAGCCCGAAUCCCAACGCUACGCCGAAGCUUUCGCCGACCAUCGGAGGCGAUGAAGUGCCGCCUCAGAUCACCAAGCUACUUGGUGAUAUGCGCCAGCAGAUCUUCAACCUGGCUGGCAGUCUCGAGCACGAGCGCAAGCAGCACUUGCACGCCAAGGAGGAGGUGGCGCGAUUGCAGCGAGAGACCGAAGAGCAACAGCAGUCGGCUGUGCGAGACGAGCUCGAGGCAGAAGGCAACCAGGAGGAGGCAUCGACUUCGGCUGAAGGCGCUGAUGCUGCCGCCGCCGAUCGCAGCUUCCCUUCUCCUGACGAGAGCCGCGACCUGUCGACUUCUGGAUCAUUCAGCUCCGUGCGACGAUCGAGUGGCAUGCUUGGCAAGAACAAGCGUCACGUAUUCGCCUACGACUCGAGCAUGGGUAGCUUCGGUCAGUCGCAGAGCAGCGCUUCGCUCUCCAUGAUGACGAUGACGGACGACACGAUUCAUACGGACAAUGAGUCGGACAUGGGGGACUCUUUCUCCGCAAAGCUGCCUUCAUCCGAGAGCGACCUGAUCGGGCUCGGCAUGGGCAGCCUGCAAACGUUGGACGAGAUCGAGGAGGUGUCCGAGUUGUCGGAGAGCGUCGCCGACAGCAACGGCACGCUAAGUGCAGCUGUAGCGACCAGCCCGGCGUGGGUCGACAUCGAGGCUGGCGCUGGCGAAGCCGAAGUUGAUGCCGCACGACCGAGUCUCGAUGUGAGCGAAUCGAGCUUCGACGCACACUUCCAGGACGCCGAGAAUGCCCCGCCCACGCCAGACCUCUACCGCUCGACCGAGCCCGCCUUCGUCCACGCCACCGAACGCUUUGUGAAGAGCAACGUGGCCGACUCGACGGAGCACAGCACCAACGCUUCUUCUUCUUCCAGUUCCGGAGAAAGUCACGCAGCACCUCCGACCCCACCACAGCAUGCCGCUCGCCUCGGCGAUGCUCCUGUCGAAGCCGACUUUGUGAUGCGCACACCAUCUCCUCGACCCGAGUUCCACCGCGAGUGGAGCUUCGAGUGGGGCAAGUCGCGCUCGCGCAAGGUUCCCAGCACCCAGCACACGGUCGAGGACUUUUUCGGCAUUCUCUCCGAGGAUCGCCUGCCCCCCUUGAGCACCUCGGAGGAGGCCAUGGAUCUUCCUCCUAUCACGCUCUCUUCCAACGGCACACUGUUGCCCACGGCGCGUCUGAACAAGGACGGCAAGCCCGUCUUUGCCGGCGCAGCCACGUCGCGAUCCGCGAGCAUCUUUGGCGGCAAACGACCGCCCGUUGCUCGAUCCGCCUACUUGCGCGAGAGCUUCGAUUCCACUUCGAACGCCAACCUCGCCCAUCACCAGCAUGCCCAGUCUGGCGGCAUAAUUGCAGGCUACGGACAUGAGUCGCAGUCCUCGUCCGCGUCGAGCCUGGUCGCCUCGAUCGGCUCGCGCGCGCUGAGCAGGAUGAGCCUGCAGCACCUUACCGGCGCAUUCUCGGGUCUCAGCGGAUACCUCACCAAUCAGAGCGGUGCGGCUGUGACGGCUGCCAAGAUGUGCAACGCCGCUGGGAUGGAGGAGGGCAACAGUGGGCUGAACUGGGCCGCUGCACAGCGACGCACCCUUGACGAGGAAGACGAGGACGCGUUUGACGCCAAGAAUCUUCGCUUCGACAUUGAGUCGAGCGGUGGCGGAGCGGGCAGGAUCGGAAAGUAUGAUAGGGGUUCGGCGGGUAAGCAGCAGCUGUCUUGGGUGUCGGAGUCGACCAUGACGAAGCAGCAGCAGCAGCAACAAGCGUCGUCGUCGGCCAAGCGCUAUGUCAGAAAGUCGGCCGUCGCCGUACCCAAAGCUACGCCGGUUUGGUUGUUGGAUUUCUCGACGAGCACGGCUGUUGGUACCGGACCGACCAUUGUGUAUCUCAAGAUGAGCGCGUUCCCAAUGAUGCGUGUUGUACCACAGGCGUGUCGGGCUGCUUCGAUGGCCGAGUCUCGCGUUGGACUCAACAUGCGACUUCCACAACAAGUGCGUAGCUACUACGGCAAGCGUAUCGAUCCACGCGCCCAGUUCCAGGCUGCCUCUCGCACCACGCGUCCGCGCAUCUUCACCGCAUCCGCUCCCGCCUCUUCCUCCACCGUUCGUAUGGCACUUCUCCUCGGCUCUGGCGGUCUACUCUUCGCUACCGGCCUCAACUCGUUCACCUCUGCACCCCUCCACCUCGACUCGGCUCGACCCUACGCCUCCUCCCCUCCCAUCACCUCUCCCACCCCUCCCACUAACACCACCACAGAAGAACCCGAAAGCAUCGUCAACAUCUACCAACUUUCCUUCGGAACCGUCUGCGGCAUCUGCGCAGGCGUGUUCAUCAAGAAGGGCCUCAAGUUCUUUGCCUUCCUCUUCGGAGGCUGCUACAUCCUGUUGCAGUACAUGAGCAGCCAGUCUCUGAUCAAGGUCAACUGGUCCGCCAUCAAUUCCAAGUACGACAGACUCGUAGGCAGCGCUGCUGGUGGGAAUGGAGCCCAACAGAGUGUCAAGGGUUACGGUGGAAGCACCGCUCAGAGGAUUUGGAACAGGACGACCAACUUUCUGGUCGCCGACUUUCAGCCUAGAGCGACGUUCAUGGCUGGCUUGUUGCUCGGGUUGCGUCUCGGAUGA